AUGCCUCCUCACAGUGAUGCGCCCUCGCCAGCAGGUUCCUUCAGUAACGAUCUAUACGGCAAUGGCCAAUGGAGCUCAAGUGACGAGAACAGAAACUUCACAUCCGUAUCUAUAUCCAACACUUCAUCACCCACCACCAGCGCUUCUGCAGAAGACUGCUUGGUUGACGUGCAGUUGCAGCAUGUGGCUCGUCCUCUAACACGGGGCGUCUAUGUCCCAACCAUGUGCUUCUUCGAUCCGGACACAGAAGACGUCGACACCGCCGCAAUUGCCGCUCAUGCUGUGCGACUUGCUCAGGCCGGUGUCACGGGUCUUGCUACGCAGGGCUCCAACGGAGAGGCCGUUCAUCUCACUCACUCGGAGCGGCAGCUGGUCACCGCCACCACAAGAGCCGCCUUGAAUGACGGCGGCUUCUCGCAUGUGCCCGUCAUCGUGGGGUGCGGGAGCCAGAGCACGCGCGAGACUAUCCAAUACUGCAACGAGGCUUGGGAGGCUGGCGGUGACUAUGCGCUCGUGCUACCUCCGUCCUACUAUGCCACGUUAUUUGGCCCGGCCUCGGAAACCAUCCUGGAGUAUUUCACAAGAGUGGCUGACAAGUCUCCUAUUCCCAUCAUUGUAUACAACUACCCGGGUGCUGUCAAUGGCAUGGAUAUGUCCUCGGAUAUCAUUAUUAGUCUCUCACAGCACCCCAAUAUUGUAGGCGUCAAGUUGACAUGCGGCAACACAGGGAAGCUCAACAGGGUAGUCGCAGCAACUCGCAAGCUGUCAAAAUACAACCUAAGGCAGCCCGAGUUUCUCGUCCUCGCAGGCUCUGCUGACUUCCUGAUCCCUUCUCUGGCCGGAGGUGGUCACGGUAUCCUGGCUGGGCUGGCCAACAUUGCGCCGAGGGCAUGCAUCAAGACCAUGGAUCUUUAUGUGCAAGGCAAUAUUUCCGAAGCACAAAAGAUGCAGGAAGUUGUCUCACAGGGCGACUGGACGGCGAUCCAGGGCGGUGUGGUGGGCGUAAAGGCUGGACUACAGGCGUGGAUGGGUUACGGAGGCUUUGCACGAAGUCCACUACCGAAGCCAGAUACAGAGCAGAUGAGACGGUGGAAGGACGGCUUUCGGGGCCUUGUGAUGCUGGAGCAGUCCCUCAAAGUCUAA